AAUCAUGGUAAGCACACAGUGACUGUGGGAUAGUGAAGCCUAGUGAUAUACUUACCUUUUGAUGUUGGUUUGAAGGGCUGUAGUGUUACUGACGUGUCGUAGUGACAAAAAAAAAAAGUAUAGAUCCCUUGCGGGAUACUUCGGUCGUUCUUAGGCGGACCACGCUCAUCCCAUGAGGGAUGUAUCGGACCGUAACGGUUACAACGGCCAGUAGAAUACGACGUCAAUUCCAAAGCAGUAUGUUUUAUGGGCAACGCAAUGCUGCAUUGGAGACUCAGGAACGUGUACCAUGGGUAGCCCCUGACGACGCUGAAGGAAGUGAUGUCGACGUGAGCCCUUUGGACAUUGACAGUGAUGAUGACGACCCUACCUACGUUCCUGACGAAGGCCUUACUCAGGACGAUGCCUUUGACCCUCCUAACUCUAGAGCUCGCAAGGUCAAUGUUGUUGUCCCUCAAGCGAUGCCUAUGGAAGAGGAAGGUGAGCCUAACCUAAGAGGUCUCGUGCUGAUGAAUGGAAGAAGGAAGACAUUGAUAUCCGUGCCCUGCCCAACUUCAUUCAUCAGAAGCCUGACUAUUUGAGGGAACCUUAUGAAUAUUUCUCCCAGUUCUUCACAACUGAAUUGAGGGAACACAUUGUGUAUCAAUCCAACCUGUACUCAAGACAGAAGGAUGUAGGCAGCAACUUCCACAUGUCAGAAGAGGAUCUCAUGGUUUUCCUUGGCCUCAUCGUGUACAUGGGCCUGGUUCCUCUCCCUAGCAUAGUUGACUUCUGGGCCGUGAAGACCAGGAUUCCUCAAGUUGCAGACUUCAUGUCCAGGAACCGCUUCAAGGCAAUUCGAUCUUCCCUUCACUUCAGCGACAAUGACCAGGCAGCUGCAUCCCAAGAUCGGUUCUUCAAGGUGAGAGUCCCCUUCACCAAGGUCACCAGAGAGUUCCUGAAAGUUCCUGAGACUCCUAUCCACUCCAUUGAUGAAGUGAUGGUCGCCUAUAAGGGCACAAGGGCUGGUAACCUUCGCCAGUAUGUCGCAAAGAAGCCUGACAAGUGGGGCUUCAAGUUGUUCUGCCGCUCCAGUGUGGAUGGGUUUGUGCAUGAUAUUCUCAUGUACCAAGGGGAGACAACCUUUGUGAGCCACCAUACUAUGCUAUCUGAAGAGGAGAAAGCCAUGUCUGUAACU